UGUCUUUCGGGCUAGCGUGAAUGAGACGGCUUGAGAGGAAUGGAGCACCAACUUAUUUGAAGAGGCGGGUAGCACGCUCAACUGGCUAAAGCGCCCGAAUUUGCAGCUUCUCGUGGUUAUUUCCUGUCACCGCCGAGUUCUGAAGGAUGUCAAGAGUUCAAUCCUCGGCCACAGCCAGUCCCACAAGGGUUGCGGCUUCUGAAUCCUCAUCUCGGACUGCCUUGCCUCCCCAGGAAUCCAUGUCCUCGAAUUCUCCGCCAGUUUCAUUUCCAAACAGGCAACAGUCAGUAGCAGCUUCGACGACGGAAUCUCAGGAAUCGUCCACUUCAGCUUUCACUCCAGAGUCGAGUCGCUCUCCAUCUAUCACCAGGAGUGACGCGUCCCCAAUUCCGGAGCUGUUGUUGCCAAACGGGAUGGCUCCAGAUGAACCUGUACCUUCAGUUGAGACCGAGGCAUGGGCCGAGACUCUACCAGAAGCGCCGAUUCCCCGUACACCUACAACUCGCCCGGCCAUGCCCCCGGUAUCGACCUCCCCGCCAACAUCAGCCCCACUCUCCCAAUUCUCGCAUGGACCUGCUGAUGAUAUCCCUGGGAGGCACAAUUCAGCUCAAGACUCUUUUGAGACUGGAAGCCUUACUGAUCGUCUAGAUCGGCUUGCUAUCGAACGCUUCGAUCGCACACCAUCAGAGAUAGAAUUGUCUGGGAUGAGAGCCGCUCUGCCGAAUCUUCUUGACGAUGCUGGGCAACAACGUCCUCAAUCAAACAAUCCCACGCCUACGUUUAGGCAAAGCUCCUUGAACCCGCGCACCCCUCGUAGAUCGCGGGGGCGUUCUGAAGUGGCCCUAGUGUACCAUGAAGUCAAGGACGAGGAGCUGCCAGAGAGUCGCUUCUACGACCCAGCGGUCCAAAUCGCCAUCAAGGACGCAAAGGCACUGAUGACCCAGCUGGGGGGUGUUCUUGAAGACAGCCCUCUUCACACCAACUCCGAUUCAACAAUCAAACGACUACAUGGCCAAGCGGUGGAUCUGGCCCAAUUUCAAGGACCUUCGACGCGGACCGUUGGAUUUGUUGGAGACUCCGGCGUUGGAAAAAGUAGCGUUUUGAAUUCCCUCCUGGAUCAAAAGGACCUCGCUAGAACAAGCAACAGCGGAGCCGCAUGCACCUGUGUUGUUACCGAGUACCACCAUAAGGACGGGGAUAGUUUCGCUGUCGAGGUGGAAUUAUUCAGUCAAGAUGAUCUCAUGGAGCAGAUGAAAGAGCUGCUUCAGUCGUACCGAAUAUUUCACCUCAACGCGGGAGAUUUGAGGAGAAAUGAUGGAGCGGCAGCUGCUGGCGAUGUUCAAGAGCAGGCCAACGUCGCUCGGGACACUUUCCGGUCCAUGUUCCGCGGUCAGCUCGCAAGCGAAGACUUCCUUAUCAAUGAGGAGGAAGCCACUGUCUUGAGAACCUUUCGUUCUUGGCUGCAAAGAAUGGACCUACCGCUCGAAGGAAUACAUGAACAGCCUUCGCGGGAUAGUUGCGCUGCUUUCUUGAUGCAUCUGACAUCCGAGUCCGUAGAUCCACAGACGCCAGCUGCGUGGCCAUUCGUCCGUAAGAUCAAGGUCUUUUUGUCCUCUCAUAUUCUGAGCAAGGGUCUAAUCCUUGUCGAUCUUCCUGGACUGCGUGACUCCAACUCGGCGCGGAGACUUAUCACGGAAAGAUACUUAGUCGAAUGCGAUGAGAUUUUUGCCGUAUGCAACAUUGGACGGGCGACUACAGAUGCCGGUGUGCAAAGUGUCUUUGAACUUGCGCAGCAGGCAGGUUUAUCCAAGGUUGGGAUCGUCUGCACAAAGUCCGAUGACAUUCGAGCCGAAGAAGCCAUGAAGGAUUGGCGUGGCCGACUCGCAAAUCGUGUCCAGCAGUUGAGCGAUGCAGUUUCAUUCACUCGGAAAAUGACUGAAGAUAUUAAUCUUCAACUGGCGGAGAUUGACGAAUGUGGGACAAUGGAACUGACAGACGAGGACCAAAGAGUAUUUAAUGAACUCCAGAAGGAACAGAGGCAAACCUACACAGUUUUGAAGAAGAGCUUAUUCGAACUGAAAGAGUAUCUGAUAAAGACACGCAAUGCCAUAAUUACCAAGCAACUUCGAACAACGUACAAAGACAAAGUUCCAGGAGGCAAUCUCGCUGUAUUUUGCGUUAGCAACAUCCUAUACUGGGAUAAACGUCACAGGCCGAGGGACGUGGCCCUCCCAACACUGCAGCUCAGCGGUAUCCUUGCUCUGCGGAAGCACUGCCUCGGCAUUAUUGCGGACAGUCAGUUGAGUGCUGCCAAGAGAUAUAUUGACAACGACAUUCCCGCUGUACUUGGAGAAGCUGCAUUGUGGGUUGGGUCUGGUGCAGGAACCGCCAGUGCUGAACAGAAGCACCAAAUUCGCGACACGCUGGACUUGAUUGAGCUUCAGCUGAAGAGGGCGUUGACAAAAAGGACCUCGGAUCUCAGCCUCGUGGGGACCUCGAUCAAGGACGAGUUCAAGACGCGAGUCUAUGAUAAUCGACGUAACGAUACAUGGAGGACUGCAGCAGUAAAUGCUGCCCUGGAAUGGGAUAUGUGGGUGCAUGCAACUUACUCAGCAUUCUGUCGCAACUUCGGGAACCACCGUACUGAAGCGGUCGGGUGGCAUGAUUGGAAUCAGGAGAUGAUUUGCAUCAUGGCUGGGGAUGUGAUACCUCAGUGGGACUCGGUCUGCACAUCUUGCAGGGCCAGACUGGAGCAGGGCGGUCGUCUAAUUCAGGGCCAGAUUCAAUGGGCACUUGAAUUUCUUGAAAAUGAGCUUGAAAUUAUCCCUGAAGUCACGGAUCUCCUCCAUGAAACUUUGAUCUGCCACAAGAAUAUUAUGGAGUCCCAAAUAGAAGAUCUUACCGACAAAGUCGGCACUGAUUUAAACUCGCUGCGUAUAGACGCACUCACUGGCAUCCGGACAUCCAUGCUUGGCCAAGCCAUGGAGGCCUCUUACAGGGCGUGCAACGCGGAAUACGGAAAAGGGAGUGAUAGGAGACGUAAAGACAUUAUCCACAGCGCUGUUGGUCGCUUGGAUCUGUUUGAAAACCACAUGACUGAGUUCAAGAGCAGAAUGAGGCUAUUAGCGGAUAACGUACAGGCGGAGCUACAAGCUAUCGUCCGUGCUGGGUUGGCCGCGAUUACGUCGGUUCUUGACCUGAUCAGGAAUGACAAUGUUGCGACAGAAAGCGAGGAGAACCCCGAGUUGAGACGCCGCUUGGAACAAGAGAUCGCCACGAUCAAGGAACGGAUGAGACGGAUCAUAGAUAUCGUGGAGUGA